GAGCUUCCAAGACUGCCAAUCGCACAAUGGCUCGCAGUACCCUACGUACGAGGAGGCCAUGCUGGCGACCGGCAUGUUUGCCAAGGACGACGAGGCCGCCCGCGUUCUGCAAGAACUCGUGGAAUUACGGUACACGGCCCACCAGCUGCGCUUCGCCUUUGUCGUGCUCCUCGACCUCGACGCUAAACCAGUGACGCUGUACAACGCAUUCGCCCAGCACCUCAUGAAGGACUUCCUCGACCGGGGGAUGGCGCCGUCCACUGCCGCGGCGGAACUGAAGCAAUGCUUGCGCCUUGCUGCGGCGGCGCAGGACCGCGCCGACGCGCUUGCCUUUUUGGACGCGCCCGUGACCGUACAAUCAACGGGCGGACAGUCCGCCGGCAGCACUCCUCCUUCGACACCCGCGCCCGCCACGAUCACCUUCCAGGCGCUCGAGGCUCGCGUGCGCAGCGAUUCAGAGCAGCGCGCGGCCACCGAGACGAUCACUGGACAUAUCGACGCCAAUGCAUCCAAGUUCGUCUUCGUCCACGGCGCCGCUGGCACUGGCAAAUCCACGUUGGCCCAAUACGUGCACCACUACACCGAGGCUAUCGGCAAAUCCUGUGUGAACGUGGCCACGACAGGACAGGCCGCCCUCCUCUUACCUCACGGCGCCACGGCCCACUCCACAUUCAAGAUCCCUUUGGGCGACGAGGAUCCGUUGACUUGCACUCUGGGCUUGCAGACUGCUGAUGCCGCGCGGCUAGCUCGCGCUUCCGUCAUACAAUGGGACGAAUGGCCCGGAACGAAGAGGACAGCAUGGGAUGCCGUCGUGCAGUUCCUGGACACCCUGCGACAUGCAGCCCCCGACGCAUACUCUCCCAAGGUCAUCAUAUGCUACGGGGACUUCCGCCAGAUCCCCCCUGUCCUCAAGCAUGCGUCCAGACGCGACAUUGUUGCAAUGAGCGUGCGUUCGUCGGCAACGUGGGACCGUUUCGAAUGCCACCGGCUCACCACCAAACACAGGCAACAUGCUGAUCCCACAUACGCUCGCUGGAUCGAGACGAUCGGCAACGGAACUGCCGAAGCCAAUCACUCCGUCGAUGGCACUCCGGGUUACUUGGAAUUGCACCUCUGCCCGACCAUACUCGAUCCCCGCGAAGCCAUUGACUUCUGCUUUCCCCACCCCAACGACACCCAUGCUUGCGCCAAGUCCAAGAUCCUCGCCGUCACGAACGACACCGUUGACGCUUUCAACGACAUGGUCCUGGACAUCCUCGCGCACACUUACCGUCGCGCCGAAUACCACCGAUUCAGCGCCGACUCUAUAGAGAUAGACCGGGACGACCACUUCAUAGAACCUCACGUCACGCCCGAAUUUCUCAACGUCCAGACCGAACACGGGGUUCCCCCCCACCGUCUUCGACUGGUCGUCGGCGCUUUGUAUGAAAUAAUGCGGAACUUCAGUCCACAGGAUCGUCUGAUGAACCACACUCGGGUGGUCCUCGUCGCCGUCCACGACAAUCACGUGGAUGUCGACACGCUGGACGGCAGACGCUUCCCUUUACCCCGGAUCUGCUUCCGCUGGCACUUGGCCAAGGGUGCAACAACCAUCGUGCGCCGACAAUUUCCCCUGCGCCCAGCGUACGCCUCCACCCUGAACGGCGCUCAGGGCAGCACCCUCAACAAGUGCGUGAUCGAUCUGCGGCGCAGCCCUUUCACGCACGGGCACCUGUACGUGGCGAGCAUUAAGAAUGCGCUCCUGAACACCGCCAAGGCGCCGGAGAGCACGCCAGUGCAGGGUCAGCGGAAGCAGGCAUCAUUGUAUACCAUCUCGGUGCACUUGGAGAUGAUCGACAUCCCGGGCAAGAAGAACGCUGGCGCACGCGUGACCUUUGCAGAUGGCGCCAGCCUCAAGGCCACGCAACCGGCCAACCGCCAUGGCCUCAGCACUUUGUCGGCUCGCGCGAUGGAGCAGGUGGGCCUUCCCAGCACCCCGGCAGGCGUGGUCAGGACGCAUGCCAACUUCAUGCCGCCCACCGCCGCCGCGAACCCCACGCAGGGCCGCAGUUGGGCGUGGGUGGGCGCCGCAUACGGGAACUCUGACGCGGCCGCGGCCAAAGCAUGCAACUUCAUCGGCGACAUCACGAAGCACAUCCUCAUCGACGCCUUCGUGUCCGCAGACAUGGCCGUCCCCGCCACUCCAAACCAGACCGCGUGGAAUGCGCAGGCGAAGAUACUUUCUAACCGCGUGUCAAUGACCCGCACGGGCACCAAGCACACCUCGGAGCCGUACACCAUCACUGAGUUGCUGAACUUCGCGAUCUCAAUUGCGCCGAAUGUGCCCGUCAAGGUUCACAACGCCCUGAAGACGUGGGCUUCCGAGCUCGGCAGCGUCGUGGCUUUCACCCAGCCCGUCACGCCAUCGACUUCCUCUUCUUCCACGUCGCAGCCCUCCGCCGGCGUCGCCCCGUCCAAGAAGCCCGCCAGCAAGUGCCCCGUGACGAAGACCAUCGCGAAGACGACGGCGGCGGUGAGGCGCCGCCCCAGCUCCAGGUAA